AUGGAGGUCGUAGUCUACUUAAUUUCAGCAUCAUAUACGUCGCUGGAAGCCAAGAAUCAGAGCAGACCAAAUCGCAUAUUCUUUGGCGGCCGAUAUACCGAUGAAGGGGAUGAAGAACACUUGCGUCGAUUUUCGGUCGCUCUUACCGAAGCUUCGUCGAGCGUGCACGCCGAAUCAUCCCCGGACGCAAUUGAUGCACUGAGGAAACGACUUCCGUUCACGUGGUAUAAUGACGACAGGUUUGAUACAGCCAAUCCAUUUGGAGAUCGCCGACAGCUCCAAUAUCACGCCAUGUGGACCUUCGAUAGUAGAAGCUCCACCUUGCGUCAUACGAAUGCUGAAGGCUGUCGAGAAAUCUCAUUUGCUCGCCUGCACGCUCUCCCGGUGAGUUUAGCCGACAUGCAACUCAUCGGCGGUCCUCUUCCUGUGCUUCCCGUGCCAGCGCUUGAGACAAAUGUAUUCCCCUGGAAACCGCAGGUGGAGGUCGACGAUGGGAUACGUGCCUUCAUACAUCGUAUCCUCUGCGAUUUCCACCACCAGUGGAGGCAUAUAUUUCGCAAUGAGUACAAUCUCCUCACGAUUCGAAGGUUUGCACGAGCCAUCAUUCGGCUUUCGACGCUAGAUUUCGAGAUACGUGAGAACACAGGCGGGCAUCACAAGCGUGGCGUACAUGUGUGGAUACUGGAUCUGCCAUCCUGGGAGCCUUACGAGACAGACAUCCUGCUCAUUGGGAAUUGCUGGGUUGUUCUUUGCGAAGAUAUCCUCGACGGCCUAUCGAUAGCCCAGAGACAUGCUGAAUCUCCUGAGAUCAGGCGCACUCGUAAUCCCAGCGUAGCAGAACAAGAUGAAGCACAAGCUCACUAUAUGGUCCUAUCGGUCAGAUACAUCAUGCUCUGUCACGUCAAUGACCUCGACUCUUUCCGAUAUACUGCUCCUGAGCUAUUAUUUCAUGGUGACAGUAGUAGGCCUCUUUCAACACUUGCAUUGGACUAUCUCAUCUGGGCCACCGUGUCCGCCAGGCCCAUCGUCAAUACACCUAUUCAGAAGCUACCCAUAGAGAUUCAAGACAUGGUCCUGAGCGACGUGUCCAAGGGCACAGUAGCUCCAGCGAAAGUUGGCUGCGAGCUCGGUUUGGGCUCUCCGUUUCUGUGGAAAGACGGGACUCUCACGAAUAUUUUGCAGGUGCGAUACUUGAACCGACCAUCGGGAUCCUCUGUCGAAUCCGAGAUUUAUUUCGGUGAGAUCAAGAGUGGCGUGGUCUAUUGGGCGCGAUAG